GUUUUUCGCAAGAGGGUCAACGGGGACAAAUCAGGGCAGAACGAAGAGGCACUACAACGCCUGGGCCUACCGACCCCAGCACUGGCCCUGGCGAUGCUGGAGGGACUGGCAACAUGCGAGAUCGGAGGCCGAGUCGGGCAGCUGACCAACGACUACCUCGAGCAGCGCCAGCCAGCCGACGAGGCCAAGGAACCCACCACCAUCGACGUGGACCUCCUCUCCCAGCAAGUCUCGUUCAUCAGGAUAGAGAAGAUCCGCGAUCCCACCGUCGCCAAGCUGGUGAUCGGAGCACGCGACUGGCCAGCCCGACAGCUCGUCAUCGACGGGCUCCGUGCCGAGGGGAAUGCUCGCCACCACGUGGGCCCCGCCCCCGCGGGCUGGAUGGGGGAGGAGAUCUCGGUCUGGCUGGGGCACUUCAAGAAGAUAGGCGAAUAG